AUGGCCCCUGCGACGAAACAAACCGCGAAGGCCAAUGCAAAACCUGUGUUCAAGACAUCGUCGCCGUUUUCUGAGACGCGGUGGUGGGUGAUACUAUGCUUCAACCUACGAGCUACGCUGAUUUGCAAGAAGCGCAAACGUAACAUCAAGGCAAACGAGGAUGGCCCCGAGAACACGCCCCCAUUACCGCAAAUUGGUACCCACUUGCUCGUUGGCAUCAACAGUGUCACUCGGCAUCUAGAGGCCUUAGCUGCAGAGAACGCUCCGACUACAGCACCUGCUGCGUAUCCCAAGUCUACUCCUGAUGGGACGAAAGAAAAUACACCGACGACAGACCGUUUCAAAGAAUCUCUCAGACCUUUGAGCAUGGUCAUACUAACACACCCCAAGCCCUCAUUAUCACCCGCACAUGCCCACUUCCCAACGCUGGUCCACUUGUCGGCUCUCUCCCCAUCAUCUGCUGCUUCAGCCACAUCCGAGGCAGCUACAAGACUCAUUCCAUUGCAGACAACAGCGGAGACCCGACUCGCGUCUAGCCUACACGUUCCCCGUGUAGGCGCAAUCGGAAUCUACGCAGGUGCGCCGGGAGCGAAAACACUGGAGCAAUACGCCCGCGAGCACAUUGGGCUGACAGAGUGCAAGUGGGUCGACGAGGCUAUGAGCGCAGAGUGGAAGGGGUUGAAUGUCAAAAGCGAGAUACCUGGCUUGAAGUAG